AGCAUCUCAAAAUUCACCACCAUUUCAAGGUAUAUCGCAGAUACAGAUCGUGAUAUGUUGACGACAGUCUUAAGCCAAUUGAAAACGCUUCAUGGACCGGUUGUAUCUAAUCUUGAUAGAGAUUUACUUCGUGAUGUAUCAAGUAAACUUGAUAUAGUUCUAAUUAAUCAACGCCGUAUCUUAAACGAAAUAUUUCCUGGUGAAACUGUCAUAGAGAGGCCUGAAAAUUGUCCUCCUCUUCCAUUGCGAGAUGAGAAGUCAUUUCAAGCAUUCAAUGAAUUUUUGAAUGAUAAAAUUGCAUUUUCUCAGUUUGUCAGUUACCUUAAUGUACGUAUUCUUGAUGAUUCUGAUCAGUGGAAUGCUGCUAACUGCCUGAUGUCCAUUUUAUUGCAUAAUGAACUUGCAAGACAAAUUAGUUGGAAAGGAACUAGAGGAGUAAAAAUCUCUUUUCAUGGAACACAAAUUAAAGAGGCUUUAUUUUGUGCCAUAAUGGGUCGUUUUAAAAAUCAAACUUUAAAAAAUGCUGUAGAAUCUGUGAAACGUUGGCUGAAUACAUCAAGUCAACGUAAAUAAUAGACUGCAAUAUAACUAUAACUUGUGCAAUGUUUAUAAGUCAAUAUUAUACGCAAUUUAUAUGUAAUGAUUGUAAUAAA